GGGGCAGGUGCCGGCUGCCCACGUGUGCGGGCGGCUCUCCCGCGGACCCGAUGUGCCUGGCCCGGGAGCGCUCUCCCGCCGUGCUGCUUCGCGGGGCGCCCUCGGGAUGAGGAACCUGCUGCUGCUUCUCCUCGCCGCCUGCUGGAGCGCGGGGCCGGUGAAUGGCAUCCACCCAGAAUGCAGAUUUCAGCUGGAAAUUCAUGAGGAGGAAAUAAGAUGUAUGGAACUUAUAAACAGUGUCAAAACAGUGGCAUUUAAAGGAUGUAUUGGAGUUUGGGAUAACAUUACUUGCUGGCGCCCUGCUGAAAUUGGAGAGACUGUCACUGUCCCUUGUCCAAAAGUAUUUAGCCACUUUUUCAGCAAACCAGGAAAUAUUAGCAAAAAUUGUACAAGUGACGGAUGGUCAGAGACAUUUCCAGAUUUCAUAAGCGCUUGUGGUUAUAAUGACAAUGAUGAGGAUAGUAAGGUUAAUUUCUACGUACUAGUGAGGGCAAUCUACACCCUUGGACAUAGUGCAUCUCUGAUUGCUCUAACGACAGGAAGUAUAAUUCUUUGCCUUUUCAGAAAACUUCACUGCACACGGAACUACAUCCAUCUGAACUUGUUCCUCUCUUUCAUUCUAAGAGCAAUCUCUGUUUUAGUCAAGGAUGAUAUUCUUUAUUCCAAUUCCAACACAGGUCACUGUUCAGAGGAUCAGUCGUCAUGGGUUGGCUGCAAGGCUAGUUUGGUAUUUUUCCAAUAUUGUGUUAUGGCAAACUUUUACUGGCUCUUAGUUGAAGGACUUUACCUCCACAUCCUCCUUGUGGUAAUAUUCUCUCCUAACAGACAUUUCACAGCCUAUCUUCUGAUUGGCUGGGGAAUUCCUACAGUAUUCAUCAUCUUGUGGACAGUGACAAGGAUCUUUUUAGAGGACACUGGCUGCUGGGAUACAAAUGAUCACAGUGGUCCUUGGUGGGUUAUACGAUUACCAAUUUUAAUUUCUAUUAUAGUGAAUUUUAUACUUUUCAUUAGUAUUAUAAGAAUUUUACUGCAAAAGUUAAGAUCACCCGAUGUCGGUGGCAAUGAUCAGUCACAAUACAAGAGACUUGCAAAAUCAACAUUGCUGCUUAUUCCGUUAUUUGGAGUUCACUACAUGGUGUUUGCUGUAUUUCCUAUACGCAUUUCCAGUCACUAUCAGAUAAUUUUUGAGUUAUGUUUGGGAUCUUUUCAGGGGCUGGUUGUUGCAGUCCUGUACUGCUUUUUGAACAGUGAAGUCCAAGGUGAGCUGAAAAGGAAAUGGCGGAGUUUGUGUUUGAGCCAGACAGUGGGCCGCGACUACAGACUCCAUAGUUGUUCUGUUUCUCGAAAUGGCUCAGAAAGUGUCUCCCAGCUCCAUCGGAAUUCAGAGGCGCAGUCUUUUAUGCAGACAGAGACCACAGUGAUAUAAACCAUGUAGCUCAAACUAAAGACUAUGGGACCUAUCACUAUAUGGAACUCAAUGUAAUAUUUUCUAAAAUGAACCAUUUAUGCUUUGCUUUUCUACAUAUUGCCAUCUGGAGAAUGGCCUGGUACAGCAAAUCAGGUAACAGAUGGGCAGGCAGCUUUGCAGACAUUUUGGCCUAGCUCCCCAAAGACAUUUAGCUGCCUAACCCCCAUUGAUUUGAAAGCAGUAGUAGUUAGGCCCUAAAUACUUUUGGAGAUCUGAGCCUUUGUGCUUUUAUUUAGUCCUAUUCACAUUACAUCCUGUCAUUUGUACUAGAAGUAACUGUUCUAAAUAUAAUUUAUUGUAAUGCUCUAUUUCUAUUUAUAUAUCUCUCUAAUAUGUAAUGUAUGCUGAACCCCGCUCAAUGUCUGUUGCUUUGGUCCAUGUUUAAGGAGGUAGGGUGGGAAGUGAGAGAGAAUAUCGUAUAUACCAUCUAUACUUAAUAGAAUGUUUCUUUCACACAGAUGCUAGACCCUACUAUAGCAAACAAAAUUGAAAUAGAGAUAUUUAGGACCAUAUGUAUGUUCUUGAUCCCCAUAUGGAAAUCCAGUUGAUGGCGGUGGGAAUUUAGCAUACAGAUGAAGGGCAUUAUGAGUCCAUAUUUUGCACAGAGGAAAAUGUUAGUCCUUCUUAGCUCCUUACAUAAAUCCUAAUUCAAUUCAGAGCUACCUCACUGCAAUUUUUUAUCCUAAGGGCUUGAUCCUGCUUUCCUGCAUGAGUGCCCAUUUCUACAUAUCUUAAUGCAGAAUGUGGGAUUAGCCCUGCAGUCCUUACAGAAAAGCCCAUUGCACAGUAGUGGUCAUCAUUAAACAGUCAGCAUUUGCCAAUAGUGGUAUCUGAGAUUAUUAGAGUUUUACCCCAUGCUAAAAAUCAAAGAUAUCUCUGAUAACUGUGUGGUAAUAUUUGGCAAAUGUUAAUGUUUUUAAUGACUUCUACUCCAUCUGAUUUUUUUCUACCUACCUGACAGUACAUGUAUGUGUUUCAGAAAGGCAGGGCUGAACCUUAAUACCCUAGCCAUCAGGUUAUAUGAGUUCUCAAAAAUGGUAUCCUCUUUGCUUUGCUUCAAAAGAAAAAUAUAUUUUGGUUACAUUUAUGAUAGAUGUCCAUCAUAUAAGAUAAACAGACAGAAAGGAACCCACACUGACAUUAGAAAAGAGUUAGGAACACAUAGAAGACAAACUGGGCGCCUCAAUCUCUUAUUAUCUAACUUUCUAAAGAGGUAUUUUCCUAAUAGAACAGCCUAGUGAAGGCUAAACAGGAAUGGACAUCCCACUCACCCACUGAAAACAUGUUUUUAUACAUAAUGAUUUUAUUAAAAUAUAUCUUUAGAACUUCAUAUUUGGCAGCUAAAAUUAAGUGUAUCAAAUUAUAAAUACUACUGGAGUUUAAUGAACUAUGUAAAUACUUUCAACAUAAUGCCAUUUUAUAUCUGUGAGAUGAUUGAAAAUGCAAUCCUGACCAGCAAGGCCAGAAAAAAAACAGACACGAUCCCUUUCAAAUGACCAUAAAAGGCAUAAAUUGAAAGCAUUUUUGGUAACCUCAAGCCCCUUAUGUAGCCACAAUGAAAUGAAAGACACGGAGCUGACAAGUGCUUAUAAAAAUACACACACAACUUCUGCAAUCUUACAAGACAUAAGCACUGUUAUGUUUACCUCUCGUGUCACAACUGACCAUGUCCUCUCCCAAUAACAAGUGUGAAUACUGUGCAUUUGCAUAAAUAUUUUGCCUCAUAAACUGAAGUGUUACCACAAUAUUUCAAACAGGAAAUUGUACAUUACGUGACAGUUGCCAUGAUUUAAAUAAUAAUCACUUAAUUCAUAUCUUCUAAUUAGUAUUACCAAUAAACACCCUGUAUUGUAGUUCAUUUUAAGUAACAAUAAGUAAUAGAAAUAAGAUUGUUUUGUGUAACAAUCUAUUUAUUGCCAUAUUUACAAACAGUAGCCUUGGUUCAAAAGGUAAAUAGUUACUGUUGCACAACUAAGGCCUUUCCUGUUUUACAAAAAUAAUCUGACAAUCAAGGGACUUUCAUACCAGCCUUUUCUACCUUAAACCACUCAGAAUAUUUUGUAGAGACAGUCACGUGUCAAGCUAACUUAAAAAGUUUAAAAGAUUUGACUGUUCAGUGAUACUUGUGUGUUAACAUUGGUCAAAAUAUUCAGAUAUUUGGAACAAAUUGGUAAACUAAACAGUAAUAAGUCACCAGGACCAGAUGGUAUUCACUCAAGUUUUCUGAAGGAAAUGUGAAAUUGUAGGACUACUAACUGUAGUCAGCUUCUGUACCAAAUGACUGGAGGAUAGCUAACGUGAUGCCAAUUUUUUAAAAGGGCUCCAGAGGUGACCCCAGCAAUUACGGGCCAGUAAGCCUGACUUCAGUACCAAGCAAAGUGGUUGAAACUAUAGUAAAGAACAGAAUUCUCAAACACAAAGAUGAACUUAAUUUGUUGGGGAAUAGUCAACAUGGUUUUUGUAAAGAGAAAUCAUGCCUCAUGAAUCUACUAGAAUUCUUUGAGGGGGUCAACAAGCAUGUA